AUGCCUGGCUCCGCGGCCAACGUGCCGACCGACGACGAUGGCGAGCCGUCCUUCUCACACUCGCCGGGCCAGCCACGGGCGAGGGGCAUCCGCUCCGUGCUCCUGCUCCUGCUGCUUGUGAAUCUUGCCAUGAGCCUGUACCAGCUUCCUCUGAACCGGGUCAUCGAGCGGCGGCUCUGUCGCGACUACUAUUCUAGUACUGACCCUGCUAAGCUGCAGCCGGACGGCAGUGUGGACGAGAGUCUCUGCAAGAUCCCCGAGGUGCAGCAGAGCUUGGGGUCGAUCCAAGGUGUAAUGGAGACCACAUGGAUUGUCGGAGAUUUCAUCAUGACGAUUCCUCUUGGUUUUGUCGCCCAAAGCCGGGGGCGUCAUAUCGUCUUGUUGUUAAACCUCGUCUCCCGGGCUUUCAUGAUCUCCUGGGCCGUCGUUGUUGGCUACUUUGAUCAUAUAUUCCCACCCAAUGCCAUUAUAGCUGGCCCUAUCCUCUCCUUUCUCGGCGGCGACUGUGUCUUCAAUUCAAUCACAUACGCACUCGUGUCGGAUCUCACCGAUGACCCAGUCCGUCGCGCCACUUACUUUGGGUACAUGAGCUCUAUCUCAUACGUGGUAGCCCUUCUUGGCCCUGCCCUGGGCUCUGCAACCAUGUCGAUCAUGCUUUGGCUUCCCUUCAUGUUGGGCGUUGGCCUUCUUCUAGUGGCCGUCCCCGUCAUUUUGGGUCUUUCAUUCUCAUCCGGCCACGUCCCCUCUGAUCCGGACACGGAGGAGCAGCGACAGGGCCUGCUGUCCUCGCCGGCUCUCAAAGCCCAGGACUCCCAGCGUGACUCUAUUCUCCACUCCGUCGUGGCCCAUCUCCGUGUGCUUCUGGACAUCAUCACCGGCCACCCCCGGAACUUCUCCCUCUUGCUCUUCAGCUUCUUCCUCACUUCGCUGGCGAGCUCCGAUACAAAACUCCUCGUCCAGUACAUCUCUGGGAGGUACCAUUGGACCUUCGCCUCGGCGGGCUACCUGCUCUCCGGGAAAGCCGUCGUCAACUUCCUCCUUCUCAGCGUUAUUGUGCCACGCGUUCUCAGAUCUCCGCGCUUUGCAGGUUCCGGGAGCAUCGACCGCGCGAAUGUCAAAUUUGCCAAUCUGUGCCUCGUGGUCUCUGUCCUGGGCGCAAUGGGGAUCGCUGUCGCUGCGGAGAUAUGGAUCCUGGUCCCGUCGCUUUUUGUGUAUGCUGUUGGGUCGGCCCUGCCAAUCUUCACGCUCUCGCUGCUGAAAUCACCCUCCAUCUCUCCUCGGAAAUCUGAUGACGACGAUUCGAAUGUUGACAGUCACAUAUUCUCCAUCGUCAUGUUGGUCAAGACUGUUGGGUCGCUUCUCGGGGCGCCUUUGAUGGCUGCUUUGUGGGUUCACGGUAUAACUACAGGGGGGCUGGCACUUGGGACGCCGUAUUUUGUCAGUGGGACAUGUUACUUGAUUGCAAUAGGGACGAUAUCGUCUAUCAAAGUACUCUAG